AUGGGAGCUGGAGGAAGUGUCGAAGACAAGGCAUUAGCCGCAAAGUCCAAGGAGCUUGAAAAGCAGCUGGCGGAGGAUGCAGACAAAGAAUCCAAGACAGUCAAGCUUCUGCUGCUUGGUAAGGAGCUGUUGUGCUUGUGGGGCCUCUUCUGAAAGUUCAGAAAAGUAGAAUGGGACCCUUAACUGGCUUAUGGUCUGUUAGUCAUAGACCAUAGCAGUGUCUGCUGCAAGCAAUCAGGAUAAGCAUCAUCUUCUUAAAGAACUGAAAGAAAGAUAUUGGUUGGAUAGUAUGCAACUAUGUGCCCUGUUCUUGGAGAGAUAGAGUCAAACAGUUUUUGUUCUUGUCAAAGUUAGGGGGCAUUGUGUUGGAAAUUGCACAGCAAUGAAAGCUAUAAAUAGUUGAAGUUUACAUCAUGUAAUUUUUUUUUGAGGUUUUGCAAUAAGCAGCCAUACCAACCUGUAUGAGCUUAAGCAUCAGCCAUACCAACCUCUGUAUGAGCUUAAGCAUUAGAUAAGAUGGACAUUAGUAGGUUACACUGAUGACAACAGUUGGAAUUAUUUGAGACUGAAUAUUCGCUGGCGAAGUUAGCUUAGUUGUUGUGAAUUCUUCAUUACUUUGAUAUGGUAACUUGAUCGAUGGAGCUCGUUGCUCAAGGUCAUUCUGGAACAUUGUGAUAUAGCUAAAGAGAUAGUUUUGAUCAAUGUAAUGGGCUUUUCCCAUUGUUUAACCCUUCCAGAUUUGUGGAAACUUGCCAAUGCUGAAAUGGUGCAUUCAAAAACAGGCUAAACCUGUCAAAAUGUCUGAAAUGAUCAGAAUUUUGAUCAAUGUAAUGGGCUUUUCCCAUUGUGUAACACUUCCAGAUUUGUGGAAACUUGCCAAUGCUGAAAUGGUGCAUUCAAAAACAGGCUAAACCUAUUAGGCCUACUCAAUCAGGACUCUAGCAUUGAUUCUGAUAUCUAGCCUAAGUCUCAGUUAUAUAUGACGAGCUUAACAGUAAUCUGUUAUAUAUUGCAUUGGUGUUCUGCCUUUGCACAUUUACUGUACAUUCAACAUAAAUGUGAAUUGGCAUGUCACUGUAACACAGCCUGGAUGUAAACAGAUAAGCAUGUCACACUGAAAGUAGCUUACAUUAAAUCAGUUAAGUCCAAGAGUGACUGCUGCUGUUACCUCAAGACUGAGAGAAGUAAUCGUAGGGCUUGUGGGGUCAGAGGUGUUAAAAAUAAACACCAUAAUAAAAGGCAAUAGCAUUUCCCUUGAUUGAAACAUGACAGUCGAUACUAUAGUAUGGGGUGUAUGGGGUCAUUCAAUGUUUCUCAGCAACCAGAAGGUUGAUAGCUGAGCAUUGUUUUUUAAGUUCCACUGAAAUGGAACGUGUUAAUUCAUAACUACUAGAAGGGAAGUUGUGAGUCUAUAUUACCGACUUCAAUAGACAUUUUGACUCUGAGAAAAGUCUGUAAAGUGGAAAACCUGGAACACUACUUAGCAGGGAAUCAGAUUAGUGUUAAUGUUUGGCUCUGAGAGGAUUAGUAGAGCCCUAUAUUGUCUUCAUAGGUUAUGAAACCAGGGUUAUAUGACUGUCUGUAGAAGUGGCAACAGUUAUGAAUGUUGACAUAUCAGCAGCAUUUGUCUCAAUACAGUAUGUACAACAAUGAGCAGUAGAUGUGUCAUGAGCCCUAGGUAUAAAUAGCUAUGUGAGGGUUCAGGGGCAGGAUUUUGUCAGCUUUUCCCAUAGGAUCAUGGUAACCCAAUUAUGCUUCCUUUCCUGCUACUUAGACUCCCUGUAAUCAUUUCCCUACCACCGGGUUACAUCAUGGCCUGCAACAUGCGUCAUCAAAUGCUAAGUAGUCAUCUCACAGGGCAAAAAGCAAGGGCCAAUGACACAAGUUAAUUGACAGGGACAAUAACAAGGGACAAAUAGAGAUGCUGAUCAAUACAACAAUUAUGAAAAACCAAAUACAACAGGUACCAAUCCACUAAAAGUUUGCAGACAAUAGGGUCAACAUUAGAAGACUACCAGAGAAACUCAAAAGGUCAAACAUCAGAGUAAUCAGGGCCAGCAGCAACAAAAGCUUAUUAGGAUCAAUUACAGGAACCAAUUACUAUCUGGUCAUAUUAACAACAUUCAUUUACAAUAAUGGAGACAGGACAUCUACCUUAGUUUACAAAAAAUCUAAUGUGCAGAUGUAACAUCUUGUAAACCAUAACCCCUGUCUCACCUGUCUACACCCCUCACUAAUAGUAAAUGUGGGGAUAGAAAUGGUCAUGUUUAAGGCAUCAAAAAUGGCAUACUUUCCCCUGUUGGUAUGAGGUUUUGGUGGUUAAUGAUAAACAUAUUGUAGUAGUUAUUGUCCAUAUUUUUAACUAAACCAAUGAGAUGCAGUGACCGCUGAAGGAAUUGGUCAAAUAUUGACACAUGUGAAAUGGCUGAUCCACAAUCCAGUUGGUAGGACUGCAGCCAAAGAGUGAGUUGAGGCUUUGUUGAUGAAAAGCAGCAAUUAACAGCCAUUAAUCCUUGUGUCUCCUGCUGCUCCUGCAGAACACAACACAGAUGCAGCAAAGCCAACUCUCUGGCAGAGUAACAAUUAGGCUACUAAAGACAAAGUUGUUCUGUAUUCUGAAUGAAAUGUAGGUGAAUCAUCCUUAUUAGUUUUGUCAUAGUCAACUAAAUUAGCUGUCAGAGCUUAGUGUAUGAUAUUUACAGUACCUUCAGAAAUGAUUUACAACCCUUGACUUUUUACAUUUUGUUGUGUUACAGCCUGAAUUUAAAAUGGAUUAAAUAGAGAUUUUGUGUCACUGGCCUACACACAAUACCCCAUAAUGUCAAAGUGGAAUUAUGUUUUUAGAAAGUUUUACAAAUGUAUUAAAAAUGAAAAGAUGAAAUAUCUUGAGUCAAUAAGUAUUCAACACCUUCAUUAUGGCAAGCCUAAAUAAGUAAAAAUGAGCUUAACAAGUCACAUAAUAAGUUGCAUGGACUCAUUCUGUGUGCAAUAAUAUUGUUUAACAUUAUUUUUUAAUGACUACCUCAUCUCAGUACCCCACACAUACAAUUAUCUGUAAGAUCCCUCAGUCGAGCAGUGAAAUUCAAACACAGAUUCAACCACAAAGACCAGGGAGACAAAGAAGGGCACCUAUUGGUAGAUUAAAAAAAGAAAAAGCAGAUAUUGAAUAUCCCUUUAAGCAUGGUGAAGUUAUUAAUUAUACUUUGGAUGAUGUAUCAAUACACUCAGUCACUACAAAAAAAACAGCCAUCCUUCCUAACUCAGUUGCCAGAGAGGAAGGAAACCGCUCAGGGAUUUCACCAUGAGGCCAAUGGUGACUUUAAAACAGUUACAGAGUUUAAUGACUGUGAUAGGAGAAAACUGAGGAUGGAUCAACAACAUUGUAUUUACUCCACAAUACUAACCUAAAUGACAGUCAAAAGAAAGAAGCCUGUACAGAAUAAAAAUACUCCAAAACAUGCAUCCUGUUUGCAAUAAGGCACUGAAGUAAUACUGCAAAGGAAAUUGGCAAAUAUAUGAACUUUUUGUCCUGAAUGUAAAGCUUAAUGUUUGGGGCAAAUCCAACACAACAUAUCACUGAGUACCACUCUUCAUAUUUUCAAGCAUGGUGGUGGCUGUAUCAUGUUAUGGGUAUGCUCGUCAUCGGCAAGGACUGGGGAGUUAUUUAGGAUUUAAAGAAACGUUCUGUCUGCUUUCCAACAGACACUGGGAGACAAAUUCCCCUUUCAGCAGAACAAUAACCUAAAACACAAGGCCAAAUAUACACUGGAGUUGCUUACCAAGACCACAUUGAAAGUUGCUGAGUGGAAUAGUUACAGUUUUCAAAUAAAUCGGCUUGAAAAUCUAUAGCAAGACUUAAAAAUGGCUGUCUAGCAAUAAUCAACAACCUACAUGACCGAGCUUGAAGAAUUAAAAAAAGAAUAAUGUGCAAAUAUUGUACAAUCCAGGUGUCCAAACCUUUUAGAGACUUACCCAGAAAGACUCACAGCUGUAAUGGCUGCCAAAGGUGAUUAUAACAUGUAUUGACUCAGGGGUGUGAAUAGAAUACGUAUGUAAAUGAGAUACACUACAUGGCCAAAAGUAUGUGGACACCCCUUCAAAUUAGUGGAUUCGGCUAUUUCAGCCACACCCGUUAAUGACAGGUGUAUUAAAUCGAGCACACAACCAUGCAAUCUCCAUAGACAAACAUUGGCUGUAGAAUGGCCCUUACUGAAGAGAUCAGUGACUUUCAACGUGGUACCGUCAUAGGAUGCCACCUUUCCAACAAGUCAGUUCAUCACAUUUCUGCCCUGCUAGAGCUGCCCCGGUCAACUGUAAGUGCUGUUAUUGUGAAGUGGAAACGUCUAGGAGCAACAACGGCUCAGCCGCAAAGUGGUAGGCCACACAAGCUCACAGAACAGGACCACCAACUGCUGAAGUGCGUAACACGUAAAAAUCGUCUGUCCUCGGUUGCAACACUGACUACCGAGUUCCAAACUGCAAGCAACGUCAGCACAAGAACUGUUCGUCAGGAGCUUCAUGAAAUGGGUUUCCAUGGCCGAGCAGCCGCACACAAGCCUAAGAUCACCAUGUGCAAUGCCAAGCGUCGGCUGGAGUGAUGUAAAGCUUGCCGCCAUUGGACUCUGGAGCAGUGGAAACGCGUUCUCUGGAAUGAUGAAUCACGGUUCACCAUCUGGCAGUCUGAUGGACAAAUCUGGGUUUGGCGGAUGCCAGAAGAACGCUACCUGCCCGAAUGCAUAGUGCCAACUGUAAAGAAGGAAUAAUGGUCUGGGGCUGUUUUUCAUGGUUCAGGCUCCUUUGUUCCAAUGAAGGGAAAUCUUAACGCUACAGCAUACAAUGAAAUUCUAGACGAUUCUGUGCUUCCAACUUUGUGGCAACAGUUUGGGGAAGGCCUUUUCCUGUUUCAGCAUUACAAUGCCCCUGUGCAAAGCGAGGUCCAUACAGAAAUGGUUUGUCGAGAUUCUUGUGGAAGAACUUGACUGGCUUGCACAGAGCCCUGACCUCAACCCUAUCGGACACCUUUGGGAUGAAUUGGAAUGCCGACUGCGAGCCAGGCCUAAUCGCCCAACAUCAGUGCCCGACCUCACUAAUGCUCUCGUUGCUGAAUGGAAGCAAAUCCCCGCAGCAAUGUUCCAACAUCUAGGAGAAAGCCUUCCCAGAAGAGUGGAGGUUGUUAUAGCAGCAAAGAGGGGACCAACUCCAUAUUAAUGCCAAUGAUUUUGGAAUUCGAUUGUCGACGAGCAGGUGUCCAUAUACUUUUGGCAAUGAAGUGUAUUUCUGUAUUUCAUUUUCAAUAAAUUAGCCAACAUGUCUAAAAACAUAUUUUCACGUUGUCAUUAUGGGGUAUUGUGUGUAGAUGGGUGAGAAAAAAACAUAAAUGUAAUCAAUUUCAUUUCAUCCAUUUUGAAUUCAGGCUGUAACACAACAAAAUGUGGAAUAAGUCAAGGGAUAUGAAUACUUUCUGAAGGCACUGUAUCUGGGGUGCAAGAACAGUAACUACUCACCUCUUGCUUUAAAAAUAAAUAAGCAAUUGAACUUGGCAGAAGGCAAUGCUCCAUACACAAUGCCGUCUUCUGGUUCUAAGCUGAAGUUGAGAGAUGCAUCAGGUAUCAAUGACAUGUCAGUAUUUACAGUGUUAUUAGGCCAACAGUUUCCUUCUGUGUUAGCCCAUUAUAGUCUUCUCUUCACCAGGAGGUUCAAUAGUUGGAUUUGAGUUUAAACUAGGUCUCUGUUUUUAUCUAAAGUAGCUUUAAAACAAGAGAUUGGUAGGGAAGUUCUUUACAUUUACAUUACAUUUUAGUCAUUUAGCAGACGCUCUUAUCCAGAGCGACUUACAGUUAGUGAGUGCAUACAUUUCCAUACUGCCCCCCCCGUGGGAAACGAACGUGGAAGUUAGAGAGGCAAUUGUUUACAGCCAUUUGGCACAAAUAGAGCAUGGAUUAAUGGAGACACUUGUUGCAGAGACAGGCUUCUGGUUAAUACCUUAAAGCUUUACCUUCACAUGAGUAAGAGAAGCAGCAGCAACAGAGGGUAGAGGUACAGUGGGGGAAAAAAGUAUUUAGUCAGCCACCAAUUGUGCAAGUUCUCCCACUUAAAAAGAUGAGAGAGGCCUAUAAUUUUCAUCAUAGGUACACGUCAACUAUGACAGACAAAUUGAGAGAAAAAAAUCCAGAAAAUCACAUUGUAGGAUUUUUAAUGAAUUAUGGUGGAAAAUAAGUAUUUGGUCACCUACAAACAAGCAAGAUUUCUGUCUCUCACAUACCUGUAACUUCUUCUUUAAGAGGCUCCUCUGUCCUCCACUCGUUACCUGUAUUAAUGGCACCUGUUUGAACUUGUUAUCAGUAUAAAAGACACCUGUCCACAACCUCAAACAGUCACACUCCAAACUCCACUAUGGCCAAGACCAAAGAGCUGUCAAAGGACACCAGAAACAAAAUUGUAGACCUGCACCAGGCUGGGAAGACUGAAUCUGCAAUAGGUAAGCAGCUUGGUUUGAAGAAAUCAACUGUGGGAGCAAUUAUUAGGAAAUGGAAGACAUACAAGACCACUGAUAAUCUCCCUCGAUCUGGGGCUCCACGCAAGAUCUCACCCCGUGGGGUCAAAAUGAUCACAAGAACGGUGAGCAAAAAUCCCAGAACCACACGGGGGGACCUAGUGAAUGACCUGCAGAGAGCUGGGACCAAAGUAACAAAGCCUACCAUCAGUAACACACUACGCCGCCAGGGACUCAAAUCCUGCAGUGCCAGACGUGUCCCCCUGCUUAAGCCAGUACAUGUCCAGGCCCGUCUGAAGUUUGCUAGAGUGCAUUUGGAUGAUCCAGAAGAGGAUUGGGAGAAUGUCAUAUGGUCAGUUGAAACCAAAAUAGAACAUUUUGGUAAAAACUCAACUCGUCGUGUUUGGAGGACAAAGAAUGCUGAGUUGCAUCCAAAGAACACCAUACCUACUGUGAAGCAUGGGGGUGGAAACAUCAUGCUUUGGGGCUGUUUUUCUGCAAAGGGACCAGGACGACUGAUCCGUGUAAAGGAAAGAAUGAAUGGGGCCAUGUAUCGUGAGAUUUUGAGUGAAAACUUCCUUCCAUCAGCAAGGGCAUUGAAGAUGAAACGUGGCUGGGUCUUUCAGCAUGACAAUGAUCCCAAACGAAGGAGUGGCUUCAUAAGAAGCAUUUCAAGGUCCUGGAGUGGCCUAGCCAGUCUCCAGAUCUCAACCCCAUAGAAAAUCUUUGGAGGGAGUUGAAAGUCCGUGUUGCCCAGCGACAGCCCCAAAACAUCACUGCUCUAGAGGAGAUCUGCAUGGAGGAAUGGGCCAAAAUACCAGCAACAGUGUGUGAAAACCUUGUGAAGACUUACAGAAAACGUUUGACCUGUGUCAUUGCCAACAAAGGGUAUAUAACAAAGUAUUGAGAAACUUUUGUUAUUGACCAAAUACUUAUUUUCCACCAUAAUUUGCAACUAAAUUCAUUAAAAAUCCUACAAUGUGAUUUUCAGGAUUUUUUUUCUCAUUUUGUCUGUCAUAGUUGACGUGUACCUAUGAUGACAAUUACAGGCCUCUCUCAUCUUUUUAAGUGGGAGAACUUGCACAAUUGGUGGCUGACUAAAUACUUUUUUCCCCCACUGUAAAUCAAUCAUCCUACGGAAAUUAAAAAGUUGUGAUAACUGACAUGUCAAGAAGACAGGGGAAUGAGACAAUGGAUGACAUUGCCAGAUGACACUCGUGCAACCACUGACACCUAUGGAUGGAGAAAAUGGGCAACUCAGGCAGAAAUUGGCCCAUUGUCAGGGGUGCUGAAGGUGGGUGUGGUGCAGGAAUCAAGCGCAGGACGCAGAAGCUAAGUCCAAAAGACUUUAGUGAAAUAUUCACGUAGUAAACGAGCACAAUAAGCCCGGAGGCGAAAUAACGGCGCACACAGGCGUCAAACAAAAGGCGCACUAACAUGUGCGAAAACCUCUCCAAACAACGGAGGGAAGUACUUAGCUCAGAACACCAAAACAGAAGAGCAAUCACACACAACACCAAACACACACAACGAGAACUAAAUAGGACACUAACGAGGACUAACUAGACACAGGUGUACAACAUCAAGACAAAACCAAACGAACAUGAAACAUAGAUCGGUGGCAGCUAGUACUCCGGGGACGACGACCGCCGAAACCUGCCCGAACAAGGAGGAGGAGCAGCCUCGGCCCGAAACCGUGACACCCAUGCAUGGAGAAAUAGGCCUGCACAUGGGAAAAUAAGUCAGAAGCAUGGAGAAAUGGGCUUGUGCACACUUAGCUUUAGGGAGAACAACCUACUUGCAGGAAUAUCAGGCCUGUCUUCGGGAAAAUAAACCUAUGCAUGGAGAUAUUGAGAUGGCGAAAUAGGGCAAUUAUGGAGACAGCCCAGCCACCCCAGCCUGUCUAGGUAGGCCCUUUGGCCUACCUUCAUGGAUAAGAACCAAGGGAGAGAAGGACACACUAUCCCAGGAGCUUGUUAGAGCGACACAAACUCACGUCUUCCUAGUGACGUCUUUACUUAUCGUCCGAUCCUCUGAGAGACCUUUCGACCCCAGGCCUCCUUACCCAAGGCUUCUCAAAUCCCUCCAUUUAGCCCUGAGCUAAUAAGGACACUGGCUUCUGCUAAACCAUUGGGACAGAUGUCAAUCACAUUAGCCAUAAACCCUUUCAUAUGCCCAAUUCAAAAUAGUCAGGAAUCUUAGAUGGCCCCCUUGAGGUGGCGUGUGGAAUAACAAAUCCGCUGGUGGCGACAAUCUUGUUUGAUAUAAACCCAGAGGGAAAUUAGCUUACUGGUAUUAUGACAUACAACUUCACUGCUCACCCCAGUCUGCCCUAUGGCCCAGUACUUGUUUACUCUUUUCAGAUUUCUCUGUUACUGACCCCCCCCCCCCCCCCCCCCCCCCCCCCCGCUAAGUAUGUUGUUACAGUUCAUACAGAGAGGUAGGCCAAGCUGUGGAUGUGGUGUGUAAUGGGAAGUAUCCCAUAAGAUGUGCCUGUGGCCAAACUGAUGGUACAAAUGCAACAACAACAUGCAGAAACAAAGCUAAACACAAAACAGAAGGUCAUGAUUGAACAGCUGUGAAAGAACUACAACUGUAACUUUUGCAACACCACUGAAUGCUUGUCAUGUCGUGUGUCUAGAGGACUGGAUCUGUGCCAGUGGAGGGGAUAGGCAACUGCCAAGGUUCCUCUUUCACUAUGUGCUGUCAUUAUACAUCUCUUUGCUUAGGUCAUGUUUUGGCCCUCGGGUUCCCUUUAACCAACUACAGGGUGAAUGAUGAUGAUGUGUUUGUACAUGAGAAAGCAAUUGCAACUUAUCUACUUCUUAUUUUGUUUUACCAGGUGCUGGUGAGUCUGGGAAGAGCACAAUUGUCAAGCAGAUGAAGUGAGUAUAACAAAACAAACACCAUUGACAUUGCAUCUCUCAUUCCUCCUCCCUCCUCAUGCACAUGCAAGCAAACCUUGUCCUAAUACUGUAACAUCACUCUAAAAGGUGUGAACUGGGUGUUCAAUAAGAUGGACUAAGUUUAUGGCUCAUAAUCAAAAUGGACCAUGAUAGAAUAGAUUGUGGCAGCUACAAUUUACAUAUACCCUUCAUGACUACUGAACAAAACACUAGUACUAGUUCUUCUGGCCAAUAAUGGUUGUUGGUAGCAUUGUAUAAUGUCAGUUGUAUUUUAAACUGCAAUUACAAUUCUAACUGUUUUCUUCCUCUUGUGUUGGGUAGAAUUCUCCAUCAAGGUGGUUAUACCAAAGAAGAACAAUUGGAGUUCAGGGCGAUCAUCUAUGGUAACAUCCUGCAGUCUGCUCUGGCCAUUAUCAGAGGCAUGGAGAUGCUGUCCAUUGACUUUGGAUCACCAAAAGGAUCUGUAAGUCCCACCCUGCGUCUCUAACCCCUUCUGGUCCACCAAACAGGCACUCAAUGACACACACUGAUAGACAUUGAGACACCAGCAAAAGUUUUAGUAAUUGCACGUUAUUCAAAUAGAAAUAACAACACUACAUUGUUAGCUUAGCUAAUUAAUUUUAGUUGCAGUAAAACUCACCAGUUGACUUCAUGAUGCAGGAAGACGGGCAGAAGCUGUCCAACCUGUCAGACUCCAUUGAAGAGGGCUCCAUGCCCCCUGAGCUGGCUGACGUCAUCAAGAGGCUGUGGAGUGACAGUGGUGUCCAGGCCUCCUUCGAGAGAGCAGCUGAGUACCAGCUCAACGACUCAGCUGGCUAG